ACGUGGAGAGGGGGGUUUAAGGGCAGAACAGGCGGCCGUGAUUGGUUCAGUGUGUCCGCUGGCCCUCAGAGGCUGCACCUUCUCGACACUCCCUAAAAGGAAGAGCUACAGCCUGGCAGCGCUCAGCCGUUUGUCCCGCUCUGAGGGUUAGCUAGUUUACCCCGGCUGUAGCCGUUGAGUUAAGAGGGCAAAAAAACAACUUCUUACCAGAUAGUGAUGAGAAGACAAGACCGACUUCACACCUCUUUUAUGGACUUAUUUUGUAUUUUCCCGACGAGGACUCGGCGACUCUAACUCUUCUCCUCUGUCCUUCCUUAAUCCGGUUUGACCAGGGAGAGGAGCGAAGUGCGACCCCGAGCUGGAUGGAUGGUUAUGGGGGAAAGAGGAAGACCCUCGGCGCUUGACGUGUGCAGAGUCCUCGCCGUGUUACUCUCAGUCUUCCCCUCCGUGAGUCUGCAGUGCAAGAUCCUCAAGUGUAACUCCGAGUUUUGGGCCUCCACCUCGAACUCUGGACCAGAGGAGGAGUUCUGCACAGCGCUGCGGGCGUACAACAGCUGUGUACGCCGGACCGCGCGUACCUGCAGGGGUGACUUGGCGUACCACUCCGCCCAGCAUGGCAUAGAGGACCUAAUGAGCCAACACAACUGCUCCAAGGAGGGGCCGACAUCCCAACCACGUGCCCGCACCCCACUUCCUCCUGCACCCCCACCGCUCCUGCCCGAUAGCCAGGAACGCUCCGACGGUCCGGAGGUGUGCCACUAUGAGCGCAGUCUUCCACGCAACACGGCGCCGCCUAACUACACCCACUGUGGCUUCUUUGGAGACCCGCACCUCCGAACCUUUGGUGACGACUUCCAGACCUGUAAGGUGGAAGGGGCCUGGCCACUUAUCCACAACAAAUACCUGUCUGUCCAGGUGACCAACACUCCUGUGGUGCCGGGUUCUUUGGCCACCGCCACAAGCAAGCUGACAAUCAUCUUUAAGAAUUUCCAGGAAUGUGUGGACCAGAAGAUGUACCACGCAGAGACGGACGAGCUGCCAGCCGCGUUUGCAGAUGGCUCCAAGAAUGGAGGCGAUCGGCACGGAGCGAACACUCUGCGCGUGGUGGAGAAGGUUCCUGGGCAGCAUGUGGAGAUUCAGGCCAGGUAUAUUGGAACGACCAUAGUGGUGCGGCAGGUGGGCCGCUACCUGACCUUUGCCGUGCGGAUGCCGGAGGAAGUCGUGAACUCUGUGGAGGAAGGUGAUAACCAGGACCUGUACCUGUGUCUUCACGGCUGUCCUGCCAACCAGCGCAUCGACUUCAGGAACUUCAGGGACCGGGCUGCGGAGGCCCAAAGCUCAGGCAGGACCAGGAGCGGCACCGGGCCUCAAGGCUUUACCUACCAGUCCGCCAAGGCCAAGUGCAAAGAGCGGCUCCCAGUGGAGGACCUGUACUUUCAGUCCUGUGUGUUUGACCUCCUCUCCUCUGGAGACAUAAACUUCACUAUGGCAGCCUACUACGCCUUUGAGGAUGUAAAAAUGCUCCACUCCAACAGCAAGAGAUACCACAUCUUUGAAAGGGAUGCUUUCAUGAGUAAUGCAGCGCAGACGGGCAAAGAAUUUCUUUCACUCUUCUUCCUCAACCUCCUCGCUGUCUUACUGUGGAUUGAGUGUUGCACAGUUCAUCUAUAGUCCCUUUACAACAGUGUCCUCUUGGUGUAUCUGUCAGUGAGUGUUAGAGUCCCAUCGCUGUGUCGUACAUUGGCUCCCCUCUGCUGUGCUGGGUCCGAGACGUGACCGGUGACUUGCCGGAGUCUCAUUUUAGUUGUACUGUCAUGUCUUUGACUUCAGCCUAACGACGAGACGAGUUCAACGUGAUCCCCCACCUAUCAUCACAUGUAUUUAGCUGGUUCAUAGGACUGGUCUUUGAUGAGAGCCUAGCUACUCCGGAGCUCAGGAUAUCCACCUGGGAUUAAAUCCCACAUUCUAACCGGGGCCUGCAUGCCUAUGGGAAGCCGGACAAGAUGAUCUUUUGCAGAAAGAGAAGUUUGCUGAUCCUCCCUCCCCUGAUCCCCCUCAUUGGUGCCAAGCCAGUGAAGCUCUCUGUGGCUCAUGUGGCGAGGCGAGAGGACCUGACAGGGGCUUUUGUUAACCUAAGGCCAGAAGCAGCUCUAUGUUUGAUUAGUUUCCAGCUCUGGAAAAGCCUGAGCCUUUUGGAGGAAGCACUCAGCCAAAAGGAUGUCAGAGCAGCGUCUCCAGUUGUCUGCUGUGGAGAUUAAUGGGUCAUAUUGUUAGGGUGUGUGUGCGUCUGUGUAUAUAUGUGUGUUUGUGUGUGUGUGUGUGUGUGUGUGUGUGUGUGCAUGCAUUAGUACAACGUGUGCAGAAUUCAGCGUCUGUGGUUAAUUUUGUGUGUUUGUGGGUGCAGGAGUUCCCAGAAAUUAGAUAACAAACCUCCGGUGGGAGAAAUCUUUCCCAUGUCUGUAUGUUGCACCCAACAUUUCAAAAAUAGAAAAGUCGUGGCGCGGCACAGUCUAUUCAAAUGGACUCUAUCAGCCAAGUAGCAAAUCCCAAAAGGGAACCGAUAAAAAUAAUCUUUUCAUCUGCAUGUCAUCUUCAGUGUCAUACAGCCUUUUGCUCUUUUUUUUCUUCUCAUUUUUUUAAGUCUGUAAUGUGAAUGUAGCUAACAAGAAAGCAAAAGAACAACCUUAGUUAAAGGCACUCAGUGUUUACAGAAUUUUAAAUCAACCAGUCAAACUACGACACCUCUUUGAUAGCAUUUUGUGAAUUUAACUCUCCAUUUCAUGUCUGCCGCCAGCAGUGGUGUAGAUACUGUUAGUGCUAGCUGUAAAGACGUCACCUCCAGUCAGCUUUUUAUAAACUACCAGUGUGCUGACUUGACUGUGGCUUAGUGCUUAAAUGAUAAGCAUAUGUCUGUAGAUGUGAUUUCAUGGCUUAAGUCAUUGCCAAAGAACAAGCCCGUGUGCCAACAUUUCCCUAACAACUGAAUUUUCAUCUUUCAGUCUUAAACAAUUGUCAUUAGGGGGAUUCUUAAUUGUAUAUAUAACUUGUGUUUGUGGGUGAAUUUGCGUCACGCAGAAAAAUGACAGUAACUUGCUGUGAAAGCAGCAUUUGUUUCUGUGGUUUUUUUUUUCAGUCUCAUCUUUUGCUCUUCUUGCGUUUCGUGAUAGCACUCCUCGCUGCGGGAGGUUUCAAUUUGAACUUUGGCUCUCAGCUGCUGUGUCUGGUAAUGUGGAAGUCAUGUAGACACCGUUACUACUCAGGCACAGUUUUACAGUCAUUUAUCCUUUACACUGAAGUAUUUGGCAGGCCUUACUACUGCUAUUUAGAAUAUGUAUUGGUGCAGUUUAACAACAAAGAAAAAAAAUCCUACAAAUGAUUGUAAUGUUGAUUAUUGUGUUAAUAGGUGUCAUUUGUAUUGUGCAUUUUACAGUAUAUGCUUCUACAGGUGUAAUGUGAUAUUGUACAUAUAUGUUUUGUGAGUUGUUGAGUUUAAAUUUGUAUAUUACCAGUUGUGUUUUGAAUUUCUCACUCCAGUUUUUGUACAUCCGAUGUUUUGGUGAAUGUGAACCUUUUUUUUUUUUUUUGGAAAAGGGAUUUUUGGAAAAACUUGAACACCACAAAACUAAAUAUUCUUAACUAUAUACAAUAUACUCAGUGAUAAAAGGCUGGAUGUCACUGCUUUUGCUCACUUGGCCAUAACAUCUUAUCACCUUGUCUAGAAAGAGAAUGUAGGAAUGUGUUCUGUGGUGUUCAUGUUUUUGAGUUUAAAGCACUUUAUGUUGUAUUUUUCAGUUUAGCUCUUAUAUUGUUUGCAAUUCUGUGUCAGUACUGGUUAAAAAUAUUUUUUUUUCUCUAAAUGGCUGAAUGGGAAAUGCCAGAGCGAUCAAACUAUUUGUAUGUAAAGCAAAUGUUGUGCCACACGCCAGCUGUUUAUAAUGUAAAUUAUUUAUUGAAUAAAAGAAAAUGUCUUGUUA